AUGAAAUACAUCGCCUUUAGCUUGAUUCUGAUCUUGACUGGACUUUACUUAGGACAAACUGCCAUUCAAUCAUCCUUCUUGAAGGAAUCUGAUAUGGGAGUUAAUGCUCUUGCAAAUGGGGAAAUUGCCCAUAUGUGCAAUGAUACUUGCAAUGAUUUCUAUACUGAUCAUGCUAUUGACUUCUAUUGUAGAACUGGACAUGGCUGCAGUAUACCUUUUGCUUCUUGCUGCACGUUGCACAACAGAAACUGUGGAACAAGGAUGAUUCCUAUUGGAGAGCUGAAUUUCCCCAGCCGUUGCCCGAACGGAGUUACCAGUGAGACCUCUCAUGACCCUACUUCAGAAAGUUACUAGCAAGAUAUAACUUCAAUACCUG